AUGGCUCGAAGGUGGGCGCGUCGCGCCGAACGAUACUGCUGCAAUUGUAUAACGUACCUGCCGCUGGCCUUUGUGUACGGCUUGACGACGUGGGCCGCAUGGGUGGUGGUUAGCAUAGGAAGUAAUCCGUCGAAGUCAAGUUGGAUAGGAACCAACUCCUCGAUCGGUGGCGUCCUCCUCUACUCCCUCCUCAACUGGUCUUACACGACGGCCGUCUUCACGUCGCCAGGCAGCACCACCAACACCAACGGCUACUCGACUCUCCCGACGAACGCCCCGCCCCAAGCGACUUCCUUCACCGUGAAAUCCAACGGCGAGAUACGCUUCUGCAAGAAAUGCCAGGCGCGCAAGCCGGACCGUGCGCACCACUGCAGCACAUGCAGGAGAUGCGUGCUCAAGAUGGACCACCACUGUCCCUGGCUCGCCACGUGCAUCGGCCUGCGCAACCACAAGGCCUUCCUGCUGUUCCUCAUCUACACGACGCUCUUCUGCUUCUACGCCUUCGCCGUUUCGGGGUCAUGGGUCUACGCUGAGCUGCUGAGCGAGACGCAGUACGUGGAGACGAUGAUGCCCGUCAACUACAUCAUGUUGGCCGUGGUCUCUGGUAUCAUUGGGCUGGUGGUGGGCGCGUUUACGGGAUGGCACAUCUUACUUGCUUGCAGGGGCCAGACGACCAUCGAAUGCCUGGAGAAGACGCGCUAUCUUUCCCCGCUGAGGAAACAGCUGCUGCAUCAGUUCAAUGCGCAGCAUAAUGGGGAGGGCGUAGAUCUACCCAAGUAUGGACAGCAGUUACUCGAUAUCCACGCCAAUGCCCUACCAGGAGUGACCCGGCCGGAGGAGGGAGAGGUCCGUGUCAGUAUGGAUGGAAGCAGCCGGGACGACCCAGCGCCACGACAUCUGUCGUACGAAGAAUUGGAGCGAUACCGCUCCCGGAAACGUUAUGAGGAGUACUUGGACGAACAAGAUUCGGAAAGACUGCCGAAUGCCUUUGAUCUGGGCGCAAAAAGGAACUUGCUGCAUCUAUUCGGGCCCGCUCCUUUGUAUUGGCUCUUACCCAUCAUCAACACCACCGGCGAUGGCUGGGCCUGGGAAGCGAGUCCCAAAUGGCUCGAGGCACGGGAACAAAUCUCGCGAGAACGGGAUCAACAGAGGCAAAGGGAAGCAGCGGCAGGGUGGGGCUGCGCGGAAACGCCUACUUUCGUGUCGAAUCGGGAUUACACCCCCGAAGACGUGGGAGUUACCCGGACCUACCUCGUUUCGCCGCCGCCGUCCCAUUAUGGAAGGAAAACGCCGUCCAAGGCGGACCGCGUCCUCGGUCGGGAUCCGAACCUGUACGCCGAUGAGCCGUCAGGGUCGGUUUCGAUGAGGAAGCUUAACUCGAUGGGGACGGACAUCGAGGAUGAUUACGAUACGAGUAGUGACGAGGAAGAGGCGGAACACAGGGCUCUGAACCUGGUCACGAAUGGCGGUUGGGCCAAAAGCGGUGCCAGUGGGCUGCUACGGAAACCUUCGAAGCAGGCGGGGUCGGCUACGAGUUUGUCCGGGCGGGACGAUGAGGGGGUGGAUUGA